AUGGCCUCGACGAAGCUCAGGGCAGCGGUGAUGGCGGGCGACGUCGCGCGGCUGCGCCAGCUCGCCGCGAACGGCGCCGACUUGCGGAGCUGCCGCGACCCCUCCCUCGUCGAACUGGCGGUCUUCUGCGGCCGCCCGGAGGCCAUCGCCGCGCUCCACGAGCUCGGCGCGCCGAUGAUCAGCGAACCCGUGCCGCUGGCGACCCUCGCGCUGCACGCGCGCACGGACGCCGCCGGCACGGGCGACGCGGCGCUGGUCGUCGCCGUGCUCGCGAGCCUCCGCGCCGCCGGCGCGGACCUCGAGGCGGGCGCCGCGGACGCCCACUCCGUGCUCCACCGCGUGCUCGACGACAGCUACGUCGCGCGGGACCUCGCCGUCGGGCCCGGGACGCACCGCGGCGCGGACGCGGGACGCGAGCCCGAGGUCCUGCGCGAGGGGACGAAGGCGGCGCGGACGUGGUGGACGCGCGCCGCGCGCCACGCCGUCGCGCGCUGGCUCCUGGAGACGGGCAAGGUCGACCCCAACGCCGGCAGCGCCGUGCCGGCGAUCCUGGCCGCGCGGUGCGGCGACCUCGCCGCGCUCAAGCUCCUCCGCGACUUCGGCGCGGACAUGGCCAAGCCGUCGACGAUCGGCCGUGCCGUCACGACGGUCGCGGGGGUCGCUCUCAUGGGGGACUACCGCGACAUCGUCAAGUGGCUCUCGAAGGCCUGCGGCGUCGCGCCGUCGCGCGCGGACGUCGACUACGCCGAGGAGAUCAAGCGGGACCUCGGCGGCGCGCCCCGGGGCUCGGCGGCCGGCGCGACGGGCGCGCGGGCGUACGCCGUCGCGCGCCAGUGCGCCUUCUGCGGCCGGCCGGGCGCGAAGCAGCAGUGCGGCAAGUGCGGCUCCGGCGGGCCCCGCUACUGCGGCCAGGGCUGCUUCAAGGCCGCCUGGAAGAGCCACAAGAAGGUCUGCGGGACCGGCGUCAAGAAGGAGGACGGCGAGCCGCUCCUCGUCUCGCUCGUGUCCGCGGUCGUGUCCGGCGACACGGCGGAGAUCGAGCGGCUCGUGCGCGACGAGCGGGUGCCGGUGGACGCGCGGAUCGACCACAUCGUCGCGGACACGACGCGCGCGGCGCGCGCGAAGAAGGAGGGGGACGCGCACGAGGCGAGCUGCGCGGAGACGCAGCAGGGCCUCGCGGUGGGCAAGUCGUCGUCGGAGAGCAACGGCGCGGAGACGCCGCUGCUCCUCGUCGCCUUCGGCAACGCCGGGUCGACGAUGACGCAGACCAUCUUCCCGAACUGGAGCAAGGAGCGCAAGAAGCGGGCCGCGAAGACGUUCGACGCGGCCGCGGUCGUCCGCUGCCUCGUCGGCCUCGGCGCGGACCUCGAGCAGCGGACGAAGAUGGACAAGUACGGCAUGACGCCGUUCCAUCUGGCGGCGCGCGGCGGGCGCCUGGACGUCAUGAAGGCGCUCGCGGCCGCGGGCGCCGACGUCGCCGCGAGGGCGGGCUUCGACGGGUCGUCGGCGCUCGGCAUCGCCGUGAUGAUGAACCCCGCGUCGACGCUCCGGGCGCUCCGCGCGCUGGGCUGCGACCCGGACCAGGCCGACGACUACGGCCGCGGCCCGCUGGACGCCGCCAUCUCCCAGGGCUUCGUCGACAAGAUCGAGUGUCUCGUCGACCUCGGCGCGACGGCGAACUGGCCGAUGCUGUGGGACCUCGCGUCCACGCACCCGGCGCUCGCGCACAAGGGCCCCCAAGCCCGCGCGAAGGUCCUCAAGUGCCUCGACCGGCUCUCGCGGCGCGCGCGCGGCGAGCCCGCGUCCGCCGGCAUGGCCGAGGCGCGCGCGCGCGACGUCGCCGAGCGGAUGAGCCGGCCCAAGCCCGACGUCGGCCCGGAGACCUUCGCCACGUUGCUCAAGCGCGUCGACCACGCGUCCGUCGGCGAGCUCAAGGGGCUCAUCUCGACGGCCGGCGGCACUUUCGUCGGCCUCGUCGAGAAGCAGGAGCUCCGGAACCGCGCGCGGGAACUCAUCGCCGCCAAGCUCGACACGGGGGGCGACGCCGAGGAGGCCGACUGA